UCCUGUUACGUCCUGAGGGGGCGUACCGAAAGGGGGACAGCUCGAGAGUUCUGGCAACACAGCGCGAGGUUUCAGCCGCAUCACGUAGAUAGAUCCCGCCAUUGAACUCCGGCGUGCUGCAUCUACGGCUGAGCAGGGAUUGUGACCAGUCAUGGCCGACGAGGGAUACGUUGUGCGAAUCAGGGGUCUGCCUUGGUCCUGUUCAGUGGAUGAGGUUCAGAGAUUUUUCUCAGCCUGCAAAAUUCUGAACAAUGGGGGAGGAAUACACUUCACCUACACGAGAGAGGGGCGCCCCAGUGGAGAAGCCUUCGUGGAGCUGGAGACGGAGGAAGACCUGAAGGUGGCGGUGAAGAAGGAUAGAGAAACCAUGGGUCACAGAUACGUAGAGGUGUUUAAAUCCAACAAUGUUGAGAUGGAUUGGGUCAUGAAGCACACUGGGCCAAAUUGCCCAGAGACCACAGGAGACGGGCUUGUGCGCCUCCGGGGCCUUCCCUUUGGCUGCAGCAAGGAGGAGAUUGUGCAGUUUUUCUCAGGGUUGGAAAUCGUGCCAAAUGGGAUAACAUUGCCGGUGGACAUCCAGGGGAGGAGUACGGGGGAGGCCUUCGUGCAGUUUGCUUCACAGGAUAUAGCUGAAAAGGCUCUAAAGAAACACAAGGAAAGAAUAGGGCACAGGUACAUUGAGAUAUUCAAGAGCAGCCGUGCUGAGGUGCGGACCCACUACGAGCCCCAGAGGAAGUCUUUGGGGAUGCAGAGGCCGGGCCCCUACGACCGGCCCUCGGGCGGACGCGGCUACAGCAUGAUGGGCCGAGGAGGAUCCUAUGAAAGAAUACGCCGAGGAGGCUACGGAGGAGGUGUAUCUGAUGGGCGGUACAGCGACAGCGGCUCUUCCUUCCAAAGCACAACGGGCCACUGUGUCCACAUGAGGGGGCUGCCGUACAGGGCCACGGAGACGGAUAUCUACAACUUCUUCUCUCCGCUGAAUCCCGUGCGGGUCCACAUCGAGAUCGGCCCGGACGGCAGGGUAACCGGGGAGGCAGAUGUGGAGUUCGCGACGCACGAAGAUGCCGUUGCAGCCAUGUCCAAAGACAAAGCCAACAUGCAGCACCGCUACGUGGAGCUGUUCUUGAACUCUACAGCAGGGGGCAGCAAUGGAGCCUAUGGCAGUCAGAUGAUGGGUGGCAUGAGUAGGUAUCCAGAGAGUAACCAGUCGUCUUACAGCGGGGGCCAGCUCAGCUCGGGCUACUCUGGAGGGUACAACAGCCAAGGAAGCAUGGGCGGCUACAGUGAGUACAUUAGGUAACCAGGGCGGAAUGGGAAGCAGUUACUACGGCGGCGGCAGCAGAGGAUCAAUGAACGGACUCGGCGGCGGCUGGGGAAUGUAGUUCUUGUUUUGUUUUUUUGUUUCCUUUCCUCACUCUCAACCCUUAAUUUCAUGUUUUUAAUUCAGCAUUUUGCUGCAAGGACUGGAAAUGUCUCACUUUGUUAAACAUAGGCUGAUCAGGUGAGGUUGUUUUUGAAAAUACUUAGGGCUGGGUUUUGUAUUUUUUUUUGUUUUGUUUUGUUUUUUUUUAAAGUGGGUGAUUUACAGAGAGAAGUGAAAUCAUUUGUUGUCACAAGAAUUGUAACUUACGUGUCGUCUUCCCCAUUCCGCUCAUUACAAAACCCACAUGUUCGUUUGUCCCCAAGUGUGACGUUUUGUUCUCUGAUCACCUGCCUGGUUCUGAAGGUUCUGGACUUUUACACGAUUCAAAGAGUGCAUGAGCAGAAAAACUGUCUGGUAUUUUUGGAUGUUCGAGCUCAUUUCGCUUCUUAAUAGUUUUUCUGUUAAAAUCUGACUUCAUGGCUUGCAGGCGUUUUUGUUUCCUGAUGUUCUGACUGUUCAUUGGACUUAUUCUGGAUGAGGGCUACGUGAACGGCAAAUGAAUCUAAGAUCUGCGACCAUGGAGGUUUUUACAGCUUUGAAUGCUAUUUGUAUUUUCUGUGCACAAAGUGAAUAAACUAGUCUGGAAUACCUUAAUGAAA